AGCUGUCUCUGCCUUCCUUGCCGUCUGUGAUUCGUUCACCUAGCAACGGUUUCCGAGGAGUGCAAACAUUCUACUGGCAAAUUGUACAGGAUGCCCACUCACUAGGGGGUCUCCUGGGAUUUGGGAUUUUCUCUUGAUCAUAUGAUGAAACUAGGUCCACAUUGUCUCCACAAAACAAAUUCAUCAGGCAGCUCCUCCUGAGGGCUAAGCACUUGAGACACUCCUGGAACUUUCUGAAAGUCUUUGCUGUUGGCCCUGAGAGACCUCAACCUCUCUUCCUGAGCUCUAUACAGAAACUUUCCUUAGAGACACCGUGGGUCACCACUGCUGGAUCUGUUGUACACUUCCUGUGUCUCCAGCAUGUCAAGGCCACUCCAGCCUGUAAGUCAUUCGGAUCCAGGGAGGCUUGCUAAUAGCCAAACCCAAGAGGCCUGUGAGGCUAAGCCACCAGAAGCCAGACACCAGUCACCUCUGUCAACUCUGGAAAACGUCCGGGUGGCUUGCUUUGAUCCUCCACCUGAAGUGGUUCCGACCAGGAACCCAAUCAUACACAACAAAAAGGCAGCCGACCCCGUCCAUUCCGACCUUGCCAGCUUGUGGGUGAAAAACAAGACUCUCUUAGCUGAGCUGAGAAAUCUUCAAAACAAGCUCUACAUGAAAGAAACGUCUUUGCACGAGAUGAAGACAGAGUUAGAGAGUUACAAAGAAACUAAUGCCCAGCAGGCGCUACAGAUAAUGUCCCUGAGAGAUGACGUCAAGAACCUUCAAGACCUUAUUGACUCUCUAAUGAAGGUUAAGAUGUUGAAAAACACAGAAUCUCAGAGUUUCGGAAGACAUAACUGGGAUCUAACUGAGCGAGUUAUAGACCUAGAGAACUGUCUAAGGGAGCACCUGACGGGAAGAGAGCCCGCAUGGAGAAAGGCGGAGCUUCUGGAGAAAAGGCGGUCCUGCCCCUGCAGAUUCUCUCCUCACAUGAACCUGAAAGGACUGGAAGAUUCCUUGGAUAUUUUCCCUGUGAAGGUGAGGGACAAUAAUAAAGUCUGCAACUCUGAGAGAGACAACAUUGUUUACUCGGAAGGACCAACUGAGGGGCAAACCACGGUCGAUAAAGGUCAACAGGAUUUGGUCUACAAAGAAAAACUAACGUCUGAAUUGGACAGAGCUCCGUAUUCCUGUAGCUGGGACCCCACCCAUGAGCAUUCCCACCACCAGGACUUCCUCGGUCAGUUGGCUACGCUACUGAGUGACAGCAUUGGCCCCAUAGUAGCCACGGAAGAAGCAGUGAAAGAGAGGAUCCAGGAAAUGGGUGCAAACGAGCAGCUGUGGAAAUUUAAAACUGAAGCCCUGCAGCAGGAGAUUCAGAUGCUCACCAAGAGGCUCGAGCAGCUGCACCACCUUUAUGAAGAGGCUGGUGAAGGGUCACCCCACACUGAAGAAAAUUACAUGGAGCAGAAAAGACCCUUGGGAUACCUGGACGCAAAGGAAAACUCCAGGACCCGGACUACCCACACAGAUAAACGCAGCAAAUUCAAACGGUUAGAGAUGUUAUUGGAUAUUGAGCGGAAUUCCAAGAUGGCUGCAGCCCCAAAAAUGGAGGAGAAAAUUCAGAGACUUCAGAAGCAGCUUAGUGAUUUGAAAUUGUCAAAUAAAAACAUGAAGACUCAACUGACAAGAAUAAAUGUCCUUAAAGACAAAACAAUUGAGCGGCUCAGGCAAUCAGUAACAAAAGUUGAAACAGUGAAAGAGAAGACAGCAGCCAAAACGGACAACUUGAAAAUCCCAUCUGAUCCCGUGGAGCAGGCAGCAAGACCAGAGGAGAGGGCCCACCAGACGCCAGCCCGGAGCCUUCCCGAGCCUUCUACAGUCAGAAGCAUGCUGAAAGGGGUCUCAGGACGAGAGCAAGAGCUCGCCGACUUUCGGGAGACCAUUAUGAAGAUGUUGGGAUUUAACAUGAAAACAGCGGACAAGGAUGUCAUUAAUCAGCUGAAGCUUGUCGUCCAAAUUUAUGAAGUCUCUAACAAAUCAAAGAUGGAUUCUCACAGUGAGCCUGGACCCGCCAAGAAGUCUGCUCAGUAGGAUGGGCUGAUGCCCAGGAAUCAUUAGUCUAUGUAAGAGUGACAGGAAAGGCAGAUCCGCAGCAAGAAGCAAUCCUGGAAUGACGUCUCUUGGGGCCCAAGUUAUACUGUGCCAGU